AUUAAUAGGAAUAGGAGAAUGAGAAUGAGAAUUGAGAAGGACACACACGACAGGGAUUCAUUGUGAGGUGUUCAUGAAACCAAGUGAAGGGACACAAACACAAGGUAAAGUAGUAAACAAAGAUAUGCUUCCACUAAAGCUGGUUCGUUCUCUGGUCUUAGGAGAAACCAUCAACCACAACCCUCACAUCCUAAAACAAAAACACCACCAUGCCCACAUCCAUGAUAAUGUCAUUGAUCCCAAUGAUGAUGAUGAUGAAGCCAAUGAAAACCAUGCAAAAUCCCAACCCCACAACCAUCAAACAAGAAGAACAAGAACAAGAACAAGAAGAACAACAAAAUUGAAAAAGGCAAGUCUAGUUUUCCUCCCAACAAAAGAAAUCAUUACAAACACAUAUAGACUUGCCACCAUUGCAAGGGAAUUAGGCUUGGACUUGUACCCAACGCCAUCACUUUCCCACAUCAUCUUCUCCAAUUCAUCAUCCAUACCUUCAUCAUCAACAUCCCCUUCAACUUCAACCCCAUCAACCUCCUCCGCUUCAUUCUCCUCCCUCAACGACGCCGUUCCAAUCCCAUUCCCUUCACUCUCAACAGCGCCACUGACCCACCUUCGUCUCUUUGCCAAACUCUCGCCACGCGCCUUCAAGAUCGUCCUUUUCGACUCCGACGAGCACCCUGACGCCGCCGCCGCCGCCUUCGGCGGCGGCGUGAGCAACUGGGAUUGCUGUUCCGCUUCUCUGUACUCGCGGGUCACCGGAAACCGGGUCGGCACGAUGGAGGGGUUUUGCCGGGUCCUCGCCGGCAAAGGUUGGACCUUUUUCAAGAGCAAGAAAACCCCAUCUACGGAUCAGAACGGCGGUGGUGCUGUUUACCUCUUCAGGAAGGUGGAUGUGAACCGGGUUCGUGUGGGUCGGGUCGGUGGAGUCGGGUUGCCUGAUGGGGCGUGCAGAGUGAGGGAGCUGAGAUUGCCACAUUUGGAUUUUGAGAAUGCUCCUUUGAGGAUUUUGCAGUAUAUUUUGUUGAUGACUGAUGACAUCUUCUGUCUGGAGUAAAAUUUGAUUCUUGAUGAUGUUUAACCAGAUGCUUAAGGAAGUGGAGUUGAAUGAUUUUUCAUAGAGGAGAAAAUGCUGAAACCCUUGAAAGAUGAGAGUGACACCUUUCUUUUACUCUGUGAUUCUUUCAAUUAGAAGCCAAGACCUUUGGGGAUGCCUUGUAGUUUGCCACAAUUAAAACCAUAUAAGAAUGGAAGGUUGAUGCACCAAGGGAUACACAAUACAUCGAAUACACAUGGUUUGGCUAACUACAAAGUUCAAUUCUGGAGGCUGGUGGAAGGGAAUGGACAUGAGGAAAUGAAGUAGAGUUUGUCUAUCUGAAGAGCUAUUACCCUUUGGUAUGUGAUAUUCAAAUCAAAUUUGGAGUGGCAGAGCCAUCAUUUCGCUGGUGAAUUUGAAAGAAAGGCUAUUGUCAACAAUGAGUGUAGUGUAUGUUUAGUUUAUCGUUGGUCCAAACGCAAACGAUUUCAAGGUAUCAAUGGAGAAGCUAAAUUUUGUUACUUUAAAUUUACCGUGGAUCGGAGAAGCAAGAUUUUGUCGCAUCGAGUUCAAGGUGGAUCUACAUCGAGUUCUAAACGGAAAUCUAGAGAAUGGAACUGUUCCUAUUUUUUUUUUUGUUUACUGCAAUGCACUGUAAUUACAGCCACUACACUCAGCUUAACAAUGAGUCAUGUCCAUGAAUGCUUCUGUAACCAAAAAAGAUGUUGCAUAUUUCAAUAACAGGAAUGGAGGACUAGAAAUAUAUUGAUACUCA